AUGACGUUCAAACAACUGGCCCAAGGAACCGACCAGAAAUUAUUGCAAAAUGCCAGAGAUUUCGGACCCGCCGAUUCCAAUUACCAAGAUAAAGCUAAUAUGUCCAAGGGAGAAAUUACUUGCAAGAUAGAAGCUCUUCUUGAACAAAUGAGUGAGCCUUCGGAAGAGGUAUGGUAA